AGCGGCGGUGCGGCCCCAUGGCGGAGACGGGCGGGCUGACGGCGCGGUGCCUGCGGGCUGCGCGGCGCCUCCUGCCCGCGGGGGUCCGGCGGGAGAGCGGGGAGCUGGCCCGGCUGGCGGGGCCGGUGUUUGUAGCCCAGCUGCUGGGGUUCCUGAUCAGCGUGGUCAGCUCUAUAUUCUGCGGCCAUCUGGGGAAAGCUGAGCUGGAUGCUGUGACGCUGGCCGUGUCUGUCAUCAAUGUGAUCGGCAUCUCCGUUGGUUCUGGUCUGGCCUCGGCAUGUGACACGCUGAUGUCCCAGACAUAUGGCAGCAAAAACCUGAAGCAAGUGGGCACCAUCCUGCAGCGAGGGAUCCUCAUCCUGCUGCUGUUUUGCUUUCCUUGCUGGGCGAUCCUCAUCAACACUGAGCAGAUCCUCCUGCUCCUCCAGCAGGACCCCGAGGUCUCCAGAUUAACGCAGGUCUACGUGAUGAUCUUUAUCCCAGCUCUUCCUGCGGCGUUUCUGUACCAGCUGCAGACAAGAUAUUUACUAAGUCAGGCGAUCAUUUUGCCUCAGGUUGUGACAGGAGUUGCAGCCAACAUCCUCAAUGUGGCCAUGAAUGCCUUCUUCCUAUAUGCACUGAAGCUGGGCAUGGUGGGCUCAGCCUGGGCCAACACUGCUUCUCAGUACACUCAGGCCAUUCUUCUCUUCCUUUUUGUGUGGUGGAAGAAGAUCCACGUGCAGACAUGGGGAGGUUGGACCAGAGACUGCCUCCUGGACUGGGGCUCCUACAUCCAGCUGGCGCUGCCCAGCAUGCUCAUGAUGUGCAUUGAGUGGUGGACCUUUGAGAUCGGGAGCUUCUUGGCAGGGCUGCUCAGUGUGGUGGAACUGGGUGCUCAGUCUGUCAUUUACGAGCUCUCCUCUGCAGCAUACAUGGUGCCUCUGGGCUUCAGUGUGGCCGUGAGUGUCAGAGUGGGCAAUGCCUUGGGAUCAGGGGAUGUAGUGCAAGCCAAGACGUCCUGCAUCACUGCUCUGCUGUGCGCAGGAGUUUUUGCUGUGGUGGUUGCAACGUUACUGGGAACCCUCAAAGACGUGGUGGGCUACAUCUUCACCAAUGACAAGGAGAUCGUUAUGCUGGUGUCCAAAGUGAUGAUCAUCUUCGCUCCAUUCCACUUGUUUGAUGCAGCAGCAGCAACCUGUGGUGGUGUGCUGAGAGGCACAGGGAAGCAGAAGCUGGGUGCCAUCGCCAACGCUGUCGGUUAUUACGCCGUCGGUUUGCCCAUCGGCAUCUCACUGAUGUUUGCAGCCAAAAUGGGGGUGCUGGGUCUGUGGGUAGGGAUGAUCGUUUGUAUCUCUUUGCAAUCCCUCUCCUUUUCCGCUUUUGUCAUGCGCAUGGAUUGGAAGAAAGCUGCAGAAGAGGCUCAAGUCCGAGCUGGUCUGAAAAAACAGCUGGAAGAUGUGAACUCCAAUGGCACAGCUGCUAACAAAACAUCUGCUAUAGAUUACAUCUCUGUAGACACAGACAACGUGGAGACCGUGGUGCUGCCCGACAGCAUGGUGGGAAGAGGCGAGAGGCUCCCAGAUCACCAGCUCAUCACUCAGGAAGAACCAGUGGAUGUCCCUGCUCCUCCUGCUGUGGCAUGGAGGGCCCUGAUUGUCUGCCGGGUGCUGGCUGCUGCUGCUGCCCUUGCUGUGCUGCUGGUGGGCGUGCUGGUCCGGCUCCUGACAGCCCACAGCUAGAGGCAAUGCCAGCGUGCCACCAGGGAACUGUGCAGGAGGGCACACGGUGAUGCCCCAGGAGGAUGGUGCAGGAAGUAAUCCUCCCUCAGCCCCUCACAGAGUUCACUUUGCUCCAUUUCUGGUUAUAAUACUUUGUCCCACACACAUGGUUCUUAAAGGGGUUGAGCUUGAGAUCUGGUCACUUCUCCAGCGCUGCCUGGGGGUUGUCACUUUGUGAAGCUGGAACUUAUCUUUGGCAUGGCCAGGGAUGGAGACAGGGACCUCGUGCUGCCAUCCUGCUUCCUCCUUGCUGGGAGCACUUGUCCAAAUCAUUUGCUAAUGGCAGAGGCCCAGACUGCCUGCUCACUGUGGUCCCUUGCACAUCAGCACCUCAAGGUGUUGAAAUCCACUGCUAUGCAAGGGCCACUGGGUUGGAAAAGGGCUGAAUGCUCUGCCAGGGCACUGGGCGCCGGCCCUGCAUGACAGGCACAGGGCCUAGAGCAACUUUUCUUUGCACUUUUGUAAGGUGGAAUUUUGAUACAAUAAAAGUUUUCUGAGUAAAUGUUGUGCUGUUAA